AUGAGUAAAAAAUCAUUGAAAAGGAUGCCACCAUCAUGGCCAUCCGAAGUCGAGUAUCUGAUUGAUAACACUUAUGAACCUUCAUCGUUGGAACCUCAACCCUACACCGUUCCAUUAUCAAAUGAUCAUCCAAUUCAUCCGUUUACUUCGUCUCCAUUACUUCCAGUCGCCUCUGAUCCUCACAUGCCAAGUUCAUUAGUAAAAAUAAAGUCCUUGGAAAAUGUAAAAUCGUUGAAUGAACAAACAAAUCAUCCGGCAUAUCCGGGUUACGGACUGUUUGCAACCAAAGAUCUCAAGGAACAGACUCUUAUUCUGAAAUACACUGGUGUCGUGACAUCUACAAAAAACGAAAGUAUAGAACAACGCAAUGGGAAAGGCAGCGAUUACGAAUUGAGGUUUAACGAACACUAUUGCAUCGACGGAUUAAAGAAGGGAAGUGAAGCGAGGUUUAUUAAUGAUUAUCGUGGAGUUCUCACAAAGCCGAAUGCGAUAUUUCAUGAAUACAUUGAUCUGCACAGUGGACGGGUGAAAAUGGGAGUCUGGGUGAGACGGGGUGUGGUGAAAAUCCGGAAGGGUGAAGAAAUUAUGGUUAGCUAUGGAAAAAGUUUUUGGAGGGAAAGAGGAAUACUAAAUGAUUAA